UCGUGUACUACUCCAAACCGCCAUCUGAGCGUCUCAUCGACCUUAACUCCCCGCAGAGUAGCUUCCUUCGCCUACCGUACCAGAACACCUCUUUCAACUUCGUACCUCGACCUCAACCCCGCAUCGAUCCCCUCAUGUCGUCCUUCAAGCCUUUUCCCAAGAAACCCGUCGUCCUCGUAACGAACGACGACGGUCCUCCCUCCGCCUCGUCCCCAAACAUCUACUCGUUUGUCAAGCUCCUUCAGGAACAACUCGGAUGGGACGUGAGAGUCGUCAUUCCCGACUGUCAGAAAAGCUGGGUCGGAAAGGCGUAUGCGAUCAGCGAUAUCAUCGAUGGCAAAUACUUUUACCCUCGAGGCCCUGAUGGUCUUGAAGGAGAGAUCACCAGCGAGAAGAGACCGUUGAAAGAAGGGGAGACGAUGGAGUGGAUCUUGUUGACCGGGACACCAGCUACUUGUGCUAACAUCGCUUUGCACAACAUCUAUCCGGGAGAGAUCGAUCUGGUCAUCUCGGGUCCGAACCACGGCCGAAACUCCUCGUCUGCAUUCUGUCUAUCCUCCGGGACGAUCGGCGCUACCCUCUCGUCCACCCUGUCCUCCUACCCUUCCAUCGCCAUCUCGUACGGUGUCGUCACCAGGCCCGUCCUCCCGCGUUGUCUAGAGCUGGCGAAUGAGACCGCGGUCGAGGUCGUCCAGAAGUUAUGGGAAGAUUGGGGGAACGAUGGGACGCCGAAUGCUCCUUGGCAGUACGCCUUGGGUUCGGGCGAGGGUGGCCAUCGGAUGAAGGGCAAGGUGCAGCUGUAUAAUGUCAAUCUGGCGUUGAUCGAGAAGAGCCUGGAGAAAGAGAACCGAAAGGUCGUAUGGACCCGAAUAGCGAGGAAUGGGUACGGCUCGUUGUUCAAGACGAAACCGCUAGACCCGAAUGAGAACCGUUGGGACAGCGCUGCGCCGAAAGACAAGAAGGAGACGCUACCUUUCAAUAAUGGGGAAAACUCUGCCGGUAUCGUCACCAUAGAUGACGAGGAGAAACCUGCACCUACAAAGUCGGCAGCAGGAAAGGAAAACGCCCCGCAAACACAGACACCCUCUUCGCAGACCGCUCGACCCGCCGGACCUGGAGCAUUACCGGUGGCGGCGAAGCAAGAAGAUACGGCAAGCAAGGGCUCGAUGGGAGAAAAGUCUGCCGAGGAGGCAAGGUUGAGGUUCUUCUUUUCACCCGAGUUGAAACGGUUGAUUUUCCCUGAAGAGGACUCGUUGGAGGAAGGGACCGAUUCAUGGGCAUUGUUCCACGGUGCAGUCUCGGUAACGCCGCUUCAGGCCAGUUUCGCCGAAGCGCCGCCCGAAUCAUUCAGGUUCGGGUCAGAGAGCGAGACUCCAGCGACGGGCUCGGGCGAGAUGGUCGGUCAGUGGAAAAAGUAGGUAGAAGGUGGACAGUCAUGGAGGUGAGGCACGGAAGUUGGGUUCUAGGUGAAUCUUGUGCGAUGUCCUUCGCUGUAUCUAGGCUAGAUAGGGGUAGGAGAUGU